AUGACGCUCCUCGAGACCAUCACGCGGGCCGCGGCCGGUGGCGGCGACGUCCCCACCUCCGCCGUGUCGAAUUUCCCGGUUCUCCUCAAUGGCAACGAGGCCUUCCGCAACCUGACGACUGAAGGCGGAGAUUCUCCCGGCGACUCACUGGUCAAGCGCCUCGUCGGGUGGAAAAUCCCGGAGACCGACGUGAAGAGCAUCGAGGCGGUGGAGAAACUGGUGAAGAAGUUGAGGCGUAAGCUGAAGAACCGCAAAUCUCUCGGCCAUGAGGAGUUCCGAGGACUGCUAAGCUCGCUACCGGAUAAGAAGCUGGGUGAUGUUGUAGGGGGGGAGCUAGUGGGACUGUACGCGGAGGGCUGCGUCAUCCUUGGUCUGUGGGAAACGCUCGAGUCAAUGAUUCUCAGUGGUCUCAUCGGGCGGCUGGGUCCGAACGAUCUUGUCGAGAAGCUGGUGGAGCAGAACCGGUCAGGUUUGCUCUGCCUCUAUGUGAAUCACGUUUCCGAAAUCAGGGCUUCGGAACUUCUACUGAUACUUGAGUAUUUCCUUUCCCCUCCGAGAGGAUCUCGUGAAUGUAUGCUGAAGGUGAGGAAGGAAUGGGAGAGCCAGGCAAUUCUGGCUGUAGAGAAGACAACGCAGAAGGGAUUGCCAGAUGAAGUGAUGAAUUUGGCUCGGGAAGCUUCGAUUUUGCUGAUGAUGGCUCAUGAUGGCUUCUCCUCCUCAGAAUUAUGUUUGCACAGUCUGUUCAGCACACCAAAUUUGGAUGGACUAGUCAUGUCUUCUGCAAUCUCCAGACUUGGCGGUUCGGAGGUCCUGGGCUUGGUUAGAUAUCUGAGGAAGUGGCUGGAUAAGUAUGAGAGAUUCCCAGAAGGCUGCCCUUGUCCUGAGGCAGGACCUGCUUUGGGGCUGAAGCUUUGUGAACUGGUUCCUUCUCUCGAAUCAGUUGUCAGAGGAUUGGCGAUGGUGAUAGACGAGCAUUACCCUUACCUGGUGUUGAACUCUCACUUCCACGACGAGAUGAGCUCCAUCCGACGGGUUGUGGACUCUCUAGCCUCAGCGGCAGGUUUAUGUUGUUCUUUGGGUAAUAUCAUCGAGAACCUACGGUCCAUGUGA